GUGGCGAUUUUAAUGCCCGCACAGCAGCAAAUUGGGACUCGCUGACCAAAGCCAAAUGGUGGGUUACCCCAAACCUUGAUAAUUACGAUCUGGAACAUAUCAUGAGGAGAACUUCUAAAGACCAACGAGUUAAUGAGGCUGGAGUAUUCCUCUACCUAAUGGCCAUCCGUUUAAAUCUGGUCCCCCUAAAUGGCACAUGCCUCCCUGAUAUUCCAGGGGAUUUCACUCACCUGAGUGUUAAAUCAAACAGCGUCCUCGAUUACCUGCUGGUAUCCAGUGAUCUACUUAAGUGUAUUUCCACCUUUAAGAUCGAGAAUGUACAAUCUAGUGAUCAUCUUCCCCUUGUAGCCAAGCUUUCCCUGAAUUGGCAGUCGGAGGCCUAUAGACAUGCGACCCAGAUGGUAACCAACGUAUCUCUCCAAGUAAGAGGAAUCAAAUGGUCGGAGACCCAGGCUCAAAGGUAUCAGGAAUUCUUUCAAAAAGAAAUCCUCGGGCCCCAUCCCUACAUAGGCUCUGCCUCAGACGAGCAUAGCAUAGUGUUGAAACGCUUCCACCAUCAUACGACUGAUCUCACGUCCUUCUUCAGGUUACCACCCAAAAUAUUAAAUCGAAGCGAGUAUACUUACGGUGCCCCCUGGUAUAACUCUCAGUGCAAACAAGCAAGACAGCGCCUUCGUGCUAUAUAUAAUGUAUAUAAGACCUCUGAUGCAUCUACUCUGCCAGCUAGUUAUGCACAAGCCAAGCAAGUUUACAAACGCACGCAGAAAAUUGCCAAAC